AUGGCGAUCCUGCCUUUUCUCCACCGGGUCGCUCCCAAAACCCUACCUUUCCGCCCCGGGAGCUCGCGCGCCCUCCUCUUCCUCCUCCUCCGGCGGCUCUCUCCGACGCCGCCGACGACCCUCCGUUCUCUCCCAAGCCCCCGGCCGAGCCCCAAGACCCCGGAGAAGCAAGGCCCGGAAGGAACCCCGGGAUCAAGCCGGGGCGGCGACCGGAACGCCCGGCCGGGCCGGACCCCCUUCGACUUCAGGUACUCGUACUCGGAGACAAGCGCCGCCGUCGAGCCCAUCGGGUUCCGCGAGCCGCCGCGGUUCUCUCCGUUCGGGCCCGGCCGGAUCGACAGGACUUGGACGGGGACUUCCGCGCCGGCCCGAGAGGCGCCGGACCCGGAGAAGGCGGCGGGGGAGAGGGAACGGGUCCUGGGAGCUCCGCUUUCGGAGGAGGAAGUGGCGGAGCUCGUGGAGCGGUACCGGCACAGCGAUUGCAAUCGCCAGAUUAAUCUGGGCAAAGGAGGAGUUACUCACAACAUGUUGGAUGACAUUCACAAUCACUGGAAGAAAGCCGAAGCAGUUAGGAUUAAGUGCCUGGGAGUGCCGACACUUGACAUGGACAAUGUUUGCUUUCACCUUGAGGACAAAUCUGGCGGGAAGAUAAUUUACCGCAGUAUCAAUAUCCUCCUCUUGUAUCGAGGUCGACAUUAUGAUCCGAAGCAAAGACCAGUUAUACUCCUCAUGCUAUGGAAGCCUUAUCCACCAAUAUACCCGAAGCUUGUGAAGAAUGUUGCAGAAGGGUUGACAUUUGAGGAAACAAAAGAAAUGAGAAACAGAGGAUUGAACUCUCCCCCUUUAACAAAACUUACGAGGAAUGGUGUCUAUGUCAAUGUGGUUGAGAAAGUGAGGGAAGCAUUCAAGACUGAAGAGGUUGUGAGGUUAGACUGCAAACACGUGGGUACAAGUGACUGCAAACUGAUUGGCGUGAAACUUAGGGAUUUGGUACCUUCCAUUCCUAUAUUAUUUAAGGACGAGCAGAUCAUCCUCUGGAGGGGGAAGAGAGAUACCGAAUCAACCUCCACUUCACAUAUUACCAUAAAUUAGACAUACUGUGAGACCUGCCAGGAUAAUUGGUUGUGAUGUGGUACACGUUAUGCUAGAGCGUCUUUUGAGUGGAGACUCUAGAUAUUCUGGGGUACGAUAAAUCGAGACACCGUUGCUUGGAUGAAGACAUUGUGCAAGAAGGCCCUGGGCCUUUAAGAAACUUGACUUCCCAUCUUUUGGGACGCUUGCUGUCUCAAUUUGAGUUUAGAGUAUGGCAAUGCUAGAGUUUUAACCGGCAACUCCUCCAUGACAAUGUACUCUAGUCCCCUUUUCUUUAUGGACCUUUUGUUUCUUGAAGUAGUUGGGACUUACAUCCCAGGUUUUGAGUUCCCUUUCAUCUCAUUAGGCCGUGAUAUGUAAAUCGAUCAUACGAAUCACUAUAUUGAUUCUGAUGAAAAGGAAAUCCUGCAUGGUAAGUACAGAAGCGUUGUAUUCA